UCGGCCGAUUUUGCAUUGCGGUUUAGUUUGUUUCGUUUCUUCAGUUCCUUCUUCAAUCAUUCGUAAGAAUAAGCUCAAAUAAAAUUUGACUAACCAAGAAGUUUCCGUUACCAUCUCGGGCAAACGUAGCGCGAGUGAGCUCAGACGUCAAAAGAAGAAGUGAGUUAGCCGUUCAACAGCGCUCGUCCAACACUGUUCAUGACUGUUCCCUGAAAGGCGCCGCCGUGAAAGUGUGUGAAAGUGGCGUUGUCGCGUGCGUCGUCUGCAAGACGAAGAUCACCAUGGCCAGCUGGCUCCGGAGACCGAUUCGCGGUGUCCUGAUGGACAUCACCGGUGUGCUGUACGACAGCGGCGAACGGAAAGGCAUCGAAGGGUCAGCGGACGCCCUCAAAAUGCUUCGCAUGGCCGACAUACCAUUCCGCUUCAUCACAAAUGAGACGCAGAAGACGAAGGAGCAACUGGACUCUGCCCUGCACCGGCUGGGCUUCGACAUCUAUGAGAAGGAGAUCUUCAUGUGCGUGCCGGCUGCCAAGAAGUUCAUCCACGACCUCAACUACAGGCCGUUUCUUCUUGUCCAUCCCAAUGUCGAGUCCGAGUUCGCCGAGUGUGACAAGAGCCAGCCCAACUGUGUCGUCGUGGGUGAUGCAGGGAGCAACUUUUCGUACGAGAACCUGAACCGGGCAUUCCACGUUCUCGUCGACAAUAACGAUUCAGUCCUCAUCACCCUUGGCAAAGGAAAGUAUUACAAGGAGCAUGGCAAAAUGGUGAUGGACGUUGGCGCCUUCACGGCCGCUCUCGAGUAUGCUACCGAACGACAGGCCAUUGUGAUUGGCAAGCCUGGUGAAGAGUUCUUCCGUAUGGCUCUGGAAGACAUGAAACUGCGACCAGAAGACGUAGUUAUGAUUGGCGACGACAUUGUCUGCGAUGUUGGUGGUGCCCAGAGUGCCGGAAUGCGUGGCGUACUUGUACGUACUGGCAAGUUCCGGCCUUCUGAUGAGCACCACCCCAGCGUCAAACCAGACGCAAUUGUUAACAACCUGAUGGAAGCCGUCCGGCGGAUUCUCUCGACCGAUCGGCCACGCAAGACAGUUCUUCCGCAGUGACUCUGUGGACAUGCACUAUCUGCAUGACAUUUUCGCGAUACCAUGCCCAACUGUGCAAUUAUUAUUAAAGGCAUAAGCAUA